CUCUCCACAGCAAGCUACCACCAUAACAAUCUCCAGCAAUUUUCUCCAUUUUCAAAAUCUCUCGAACACCCUAAUUUUCUUUUCUUUAUAUCAUUGCAAGGGUCUUCUUGUUACAAUGGCACCACCACAUGGAGAGGCUCUUACCAGCACUUAUAACAAGACUAAAAACUUCUCCAAGCCUCCGAGACUCUCUAGUAAUGAUAAUCUCCAACGAACAAUAUCUGAUAUAUCCAUUGAACUGAGUAAGGAAGCCAUUGAUAUCAAGCUUCCACCAAUAUCAGAAGUUGAAGAUGCGAAAUGUGAGUGUUGUGGAAUGAGUGAAGAGUGCACGCCAGAAUAUAUUGAUCGCGUACGCGGUAAGUUCUUGGGGAAGUGGAUUUGUGGGUUAUGUGCAGAGGCAGUGAAGGAAGAGAAGGAGAAAGAUGGUGGAAAAAAUAUAGAAGAGGCUUUGAAUGCACAUAUGAGUGCAUGUGCUAGGUUUAACAAGUUUGGUAGGGCUUAUCCAGUGCUUUUUCAAGCUGAGGCAAUGAGAGAAAUGUUAAAGAAAAGCACAAGAAGGGCACAAUCUAUUAGUCCUAAAGGUGCUCCAAAGAAUGGAGGAAUUGCGAGGAGCUCAAGUUGCAUGGCAGCUAUUACACGAGAUAUGAAUAAUCUCCCAAUGGCAAAAUAAGUUUGCCAACAGUAUUCUAUAAUUAUAUUCUUAUAAUUUGAGUCUUUACUUAGCAACUAAUAACAAUUCGAUAACAUGUUCAUGGAUCGAGUUUGGACUUGGAAAAUUCAAAAUUUUCCAAAAGCUGGGUCCAUAAACAAGUUUAUAUAUUUAUA